UCCGCGCCCAUUUCCGCCGGCGCGGAGCCCGGCCCCGCUCCAGCCCACCGCCAGCAUGCCGGGCCAGGCGGCGGCCGCGCUGGCCGUGGGUGUGCUGCUCGCCGUGUGCCACGCGCUGGAGAACACCACAGCAGCCCGCAGCGCUCCGGGCCCGCCGGUGGCAGCCGCGGUCAGGUCCCACUUCAACGACUGCCCCGACUCCCACCGGCAGUUCUGCUUCCACGGCACCUGCCGGUUCCUGGUGCAGGAGGACAAGCCGGCGUGCGUGUGCCACUCGGGGUACGUGGGGACGCGGUGCGAGCACGCCGACCUGCUGGCCGUGGUGGCCGCCAACCAGAAGAAGCAAACCAUCACCGCCUUGGUGGCGGUGGCGGUGGUGGCCUCGGCGCUGCUGGUGGCGGCGUGCGUCCUGGUGCACUGCUGCCGGCUGCGGAAGCGGUGCCGGUGGUGCCGGGAGCCCGGCGGUGGGCAGGAGAAGCCGGGUGGGCUCCUGAAAGGUGCCACGUCCUGCUGCCGUGCCGAGACGGGGGUCUGACGCAGCGGGGGUCCCGCCACCCCCACCCAGGACACCCGCGCCACCAGGGACCAGCGCCGCAUCUCUCCUCUGUUUUUUGCUCUUUUCUGAUUUUCCUUUUUUUUUUUUUUUUUUUUAAAUUAUUUUUUCUUUAUUCCCACCCCGGCAGGAGAUGCGCUCAGCAGCACCAUGACCGUGUGCCGGCAUCACCCCGCCGCGGUGCCAAACCCCAGCCCGGCAAUGCACAAUUGGGAUUUUGUUGUUGUUGUUGGUUUUUUUUUUUCUUUUAGGUUAUUUUGGGGGGGUUUGGGGUUUUAUUUUUUUCUUUCCUUUUUCCCAGAUUAUUUUUCGGAAGCCAGAACCCCCCACCCCGGCAGGAUGGGGGUUAUUUUUCUAUGGAGCCGGGAGCGCCGGCGAGCCCGCUGCCUCGGCGGUCGCAUGGACCGUGCUCGCUUUGGGGACAGAUCCGAGCUUUUUAUUAAUAAUAAAAUAAACCUUAAUCCUAGAAAACCUCCUGGAGCCGGGGCUCUAACCUCCCGGCACAACAUUAAUCUUUUCCGUAGCCUUUAUCAUAACCCACCCCACUUUUCUUUUUCUUUUUCAUUUGUUUUGGGGUUUUUUUUGUUUUGUUUUUGGUUUUUUUUCAAGUCAUGGUUACUCUCAUGUCUUCUGUAUAUGUUGCACUGAAAGUUAAUAUUUAAUGUUUUAAUUUAUUUUGCGUGGUUAAAUUAAUUUUGAUUUCUAUAAUAUGUUAUUGUGAUCGGCUGUUCUUUUUUUUUUUUCCCCUAAUACCUGGAUUAUAGUUAUUUAAGUGAUAUAAAGGACAUGUUUUUUC